AUGACAGACCAGAGCGCUAAGGAAGAGCUAUUUAAGCCCGUUGGAGAAGCUGUGGAGGAUACCGUGAAUGAUGAGACUGGGCUUCGCGACACCGGGGCCGCAGAUGCGAUGGGCCACCCAGUGCAGGAGAUAGAGUCGCUCUGUAUGAACUGCCAUGAGGAUGGUAUCACCAGACUGCUGUUGACAUCUAUACCAUAUUUCCGGGAGAUUGUUAUCAUGUCGUUUGAGUGCCCUCAUUGUGGGCUGAAGAAUUCCGAGAUUCAGCCUGCAAGUGAAAUACAGGAGAAGGGCGCCCGCUAUCAGCUGAAGGUUGAGGAGAAGGCCGAUUUUGACAGGCAGGUCAUCAAGGCCGAAACUGCGGCCUCCCGCUUCGUUGAAUUGGACCUGGAGAUUCCUCCCAAGCGCGGCCAGCUGACGACUGUGGAGGGCCUGCUGACCGAGAUGAUCGAGGACCUGGACGCCGACCAGGCGGCGCGGAAGGAAGUGGACGAGAACCUGUACGAUCAGAUUGCGCAGUUCAUUGCCAAGGUCCGCGCUGCGCUGUCGUGCGAGCCGGGCACUCUACCGCUGACUUUUACGCUGGACGACCCUGCUGGCAAUUCCUGGAUCGAAUACAAGCCAGGCGAAGCUGCGCCAAAAUGGUCCAAAACCGAGUACCUGCGUUCAGAUGAGCAAAACGUCCAGGUGGGCAUCAUUACGCGCGACCAAUUGGAGCAACGGCGUCAAGAGAAGCGCGCGGAGCUGUCGCAGCGCGAGCGCAACAAAUCGCAAGCGGCACAGGCCGGUCUCUUAUCUGACGCUACGGAUAUCGAGAACUUCCACAACGAGGUGCAGACCUUCACUGCCACGUGCCCAUCAUGUGUUCACCCAUGUGACACGCAUAUGAAGCCGGUCAACAUCCCACACUUCAAAGAGGUCAUCAUCAUGUCCACGGUCUGCGAGCACUGUGGCUACAAGUCAAACGAGGUGAAGACCGGUGGUGCCAUCCCUGAUAAGGGCAGAAAGAUCACACUGAUCUGUGAUGAUGCUGAGGAUCUCUCACGGGACAUCUUGAAGUCCGAAACCUGUUCCGUUAGCAUCCCGGAGCUGCACUUGGACAUCCAGCAGGGAACUCUCGGUGGCAAGUUCACCACUCUGGAAGGGUUGCUAACACAGGUAUAUGAAGAGUUGGAAUCCCGGGUCUUCACGCAGACAUCCGAUUCGAUGGACGAGGCCACAAGAAACAGAUGGACCUCUUUCUUCAGUAAGCUAAGAGAGGCUAUCGACGGCAAGAUAAAGUUCACUGUCAUCAUGGAGGAUCCAUUGGCAGGCUCAUACAUACAGAACGUCUAUGCACCUGACGCUGACCCUAACAUGACCAUCGAGGACUACGAAAGAACUGCAGAGCAAAACGAGGACCUGGGCUUGAACGACAUUGAUGUAGGCGAACACUGA